AUGCAUCAACCACGACUAGCAGACCUCUUCGAAGAAUUCACACGCCCACACACCUCAACAGCCACAAACUCAACAACAGACCCACAUAACGCCAACAGCACCUCGGCCGCAAACCGCGAAGCAAUAAACACAGCCGCAAAUGCCAUGACAUACGGCUCGACCUCUCCCUCCACAAUUCCCUCAUUCCUACCAAUCGAAGACAUCUACGUGGCACCGCAAUACCAACCCCCGAACCCUGAAGAUGAGGAUGACGUCGUCCCGGACCAGCAUGCCGCGUUCGGAAUUACCCGCGCUAUGGAGCGGAGACGGGAGGCUGUGUGGCGCGAUCUUGGUCUUGAGGCCCUUGUUAAUGGUGAAGGACAUGGACCUGAUGCGGGGCCUAUGACUGGUCUUGGUGGUGCUGGUGGUGCUGGUGGUGCUGGGGCUGCGACCUCUGGACCUGGGGCUACGUUGCGCGGUAGUGGAGGUGGUGCGGCAGCGGCCGGGGCACCUGUCAUUAGGGUUAGGGAUUCUGGGCGGAGGAUGGGUGGGCGCAGGGUUAUUGGGUUGCGGUGA